CGUCACGUAGAGCGACAGAAAAUUUUCAAGAUGGUGCUUGAAAGUACUAUGGUCUGUGUGGACAACAGUGAAUAUAUGCGCAAUGGAGACUUCUUACCUACCAGACUUCAGGCCCAGCAAGAUGCUGUCAACAUCAUCUGUCAUUCAAAAACUCGAAGUAACCCAGAAAACAACGUGGGCCUCAUCACUCUGGCCAAUAACUGUGAGGUCCUGACCACGCUGACCCCUGACACGGGCAGGAUCCUGUCAAAGCUUCACGCUGUUCAGCCCAGAGGAGUCAUCAGCUUCUGUACUGGCAUCAGAGUAGCACACCUGGCACUGAAACACAGACAGGGAAAGAACCAUAAGAUGAGGAUCAUUGCCUUUGUGGGAAGCCCUGUAGAGGACCAGGAGAAAGAUUUGGUGAAGAUGGCAAAACGUUUGAAGAAGGAAAAAGUCAGUGUUGACAUCAUUAACUUUGGGGAAGAGGAAGUCAACACAGAUAAGCUGACCGUCUUUGUGAACACCCUAAAUGGAAAAGAGGGCGUAGGCUCUCACCUGGUAACGGUGCCUCCUGGCCCGAGCCUGGCAGAUGCUCUUCUGUCCUCUCCUAUCCUGGCUGGUGAGGGCGGCACUAUUAUGGGCCUGGGUGCCAGUGACUUUGAGUUUGGAGUGGAUCCGAGUGCAGACCCUGAACUUGCUCUGGCUCUGCGUGUGUCGAUGGAGGAGCAGAGACAAAGGCAGGAGGAGGAAGCUCGCCGGGCAGCAGUGGCUUCAGCUGCAGAAGCUGGAGUCUCAUCACCCACUGCAGAUGAGUCUGAGUCUGCUCUGCUGAAGAUGUCGACGGCUCCUGCUCUGCCCGAUUUCAGCCGCAUGACGGAGGAUGAACAGAUCGCAUACGCCCUACAGAUGUCCAUGCAAGGAGGAGAGUUUGGCGGUUCAGAGGCCAUGGAUGUGGAUGCAGGUGCAGCAGCAGACAGUGAAGCUCCUAAGGAGGAUGAGGAGGAUUAUGAUGUGAUGCAGGAUCCAGAGUUUUUGCAGAGUGUCCUGGAGAACCUUCCAGGUGUCGAUCCCAACAAUGAAGCCAUCCGUAAUGCUAUGGGCUCUCUGGCAUCCCAGAAUAGAACAAAACCACCUGAGGGCAAGAAAGACGAUGAGAAGAAAUAGAGAAAUAAGACGCGUCUGGACUGACACAGGACGAAGGAAAAUAAAACUGAUGAAAGGUUUCCAACUGCAUUAUGGAUAGAAAUAAACACAAAAUUCAUAGAAUUAAAAUAAAAGCAAGAAACAUUAUUCAUUAAGUUUUCUUAACAAAUGUUAAAGGGAGAAACAACAGAACAGACUAACAAACAACUCUACUGAUAGAAAAGAAUAUCUAAAAAAAAAAAAAAAAAAAAAUCUUACAUGUAACGGUGAAUGAGCAUCUUCAUUGGUUCCUUUUAAGUACCAUCUAAGAAAAAACGGAUCUGUAACAUAUUUGGUGAAGCAGAAAAAAAUGUCAGACAACACUACUUCGAAUAGUAGUGCUCACUUCAGUGUUUAUUUGCUAGUCUAUUUCAUGCCACCCAAACUAUAAUUUUCCUUGUGUUUUUUGGAUAACUUCUUGUAAAGGUUUCUUUGUCAAUUUUGUAUCACUAUUUUCAGUUCCUUUUGUAAUAAAGGGCUUUGUUAUGGUUAAGGGAAUCUGAAGUGUAGCACGUUAUUACCAUGUUUUUACUGCAUUUACCACUUUUUGAUUAAAAAAAAUUGAGAAAUUA